AUGUUUAAAAAACGCGGAUUCAAAAUUUUGGCAUUUAUCACUUUCAUUAAUUUUAUCGCAGUUAUAUUACUGAAUUUUGGUUAUAUCAGUUUUUCUACAAAAAUUCAUAAAUUCAUAUAUCCGCAAGAACUGAAAUUGGAUACAUCAGUGCGAGAACCCACCUUCGAAGAAAUGGUGAAAGCGGUAAAUGAAGAAUUACCUAAUCUGCCACUAGAGCUUCAUGUGAAAAAUCGCUACAGAGGUUUUCGUUUAAAUACCACAUGUGCUCCAUAUCCGGAAGUACUUGAAAUACAGUUCCAUAAUAAUUUUUAUCAACACUACAGUAAUAAGAAUAUAACAUUUGAAUUGUUUGCUGCAUACUAUGAUAAUCGCACCGAUAUUCCAAAACAUCCCGUAGUACGCAUUUUUGCGAUGAUAAACCAAAUUGAAGAGAAAUUCAAUACGAAUUACUGUCAAUUCUGGUUCGAAUCACAAAAGGAACCUGUGAUUGUGCCAAUAACUGAAUAUUUAGUUGUAUGGAUUAAGGGUUGGGGAAAUAAAUUUAAUCACUUGUAUCCACAUAUGUUAACCUGUAUACUGCCUAAAGAGAAAGCUUCCGAAGCACCACGAAGUAUAUCCAUUGUAAAUAAAGAGUGUGAUAAAGCUACAAAUCAUUUAAAAGUCAUCUAUGAACCACCAUUAGGCAAAAGAAAGAAAGGUGGUUUCGCGGUUUGUGUUAAGGGUUUCAUGUUUCCAUUUGCAGAUAUAUCCGCACGCUUAGUGGAGUGGAUGGAAAUGAUGCGAAUACUAGGUGCCCAAGAAGUUAUUGCUUACUCACUUGCUGUACAUCCAAAUGCGACAAAAGUGAUUGAUUAUUAUAAGAAAAAGGGUUUUCUUAGGGUAUAUCCAUAUUCUUAUGCACGCGGUGAGCCGGUCUUUGCUAAUUUCCAGCGUUACAUUAUGAAGGAGGAUUAUCUAAAUAUGAUAUUAAACGAAAUGUUUCCAUACAACGAUUGUUUUUAUCGGAACAUAUAUAAAUAUGAUUAUGUGGCGGGUAUUGAUAUUGAUGAAGUGAUUAUGCCACUUGGUAAUUGGACAUCUUGGUAUGAUAUUGUUGAAUAUGGUGAGAAAUUUAAAAGUCCUAAUUGUAAAACAUUUGCUGGUAUCUGUUUUCGAAACACCUAUUAUCCGAAAUAUGAAGGUCAACCGCCUUAUUCCACCGAUAUUCCGAACUACUUUUAUAUGUUGCAACAUGUAAAGAGAAUUGAAAAACAUAUGCCAAGUGGCUUUGCAACAAAAUGUUUACAUAAUACAAAAUACGCGUUAACACUACAUAAUCAUUACAGUUUGAAUUAUUUGGGUUGUCGAGAUCUUGAUAUGAAUACUACUGAUGCACAGCUUCAACAUUACCGAGAGCCAGAUGAUAAGAAUACUUUGAAUUUAACUAUUAUGGAUCCGAAUAUUUGGAGAUUUAAGGACAAUCUAAUAAAACGCUGUCCAAAUCAGAUGCGAUCGUGGGCCAAUAGAAAUUAUUGUAGAGAUUCUCUACAAUAA